CUCUUGAAGCGUUGACUGACAAAGCCACGACGGACAUACUCUUAUAACGGAGCUUCGGGGUGCAUUAUACACUGGAUAGCGAGCUGGCUUACUUUCUCUUCUGUUGGUAUCAGAAUGUAAAUUUGCGCAACGUGAAUUGGACGCAUAUAAAGAGCGAAGUUGUCCGCUGUUGAACAGCAUCAUAGCUACUAAGAUUUACUACAUCGAUAUUCUCAGUCCACUUUGAUAAUACACAUCAUCAUGUCCAAGUUUAACUCCUCCACCACUGCCAGCGACGUGGUCGCCGCUUUACCUAUGCAAGUCGCUGAGAAGACUUUCGUCAUAACUGGUGCCAGUCCUGGCGGUCUCGGAGCAGCUGUCGCCCUGGCUCUGGCCUCAGCCAAACCCUCCGCCAUCAUUCUCCUUGGCCGGACUGAAUCCAAAGGUUCUCCUGUUAUCGAGGUAAUUUCGAAGAUCAGUCCUACAACCAAGGCACACUUCGUCCAGAUAGAUCUUUUGUCGCUCUCUUCCGUCCGCACUGCUGCCGCCUCAGUCGCAGCACUUGCUCCAAAGAUCGAUGUCUUGCUCAACAACGCUGGAAUCAUGGGUACUAAGCUGGUCCGUACGCGUGAAGGUGUAGAGAGCCAAUUCGCUGCUAAUCAUAUCGGCCACUUCCUUCUCACCAAUCUUCUUGUACCACAACUCGAGCAGGCCAACGGCAGCGCUCGUGUAGUCAAUGUCUCGUCGAAGCUAUAUCAAUUUAGCCCAGUGAAUUUCUCGGAUCCUCAAUUCACAUCUACUCCCUGGAACACCUGGGAAGCUUACGGACAAUCCAAGACCGCCAAUAUCCUCUUCGCUGUUGCUUUGGCUAGGAAACUGGAAAGCAAGGGAGUAAAGAGCUAUUCACUUCAUCCAGGAAACAUCCAACAGACAGGAUUAGCGGCUGGUGUGGAUCCAGAGAGCUGGCCGAUCGUUAUGAAGAUGUUUGAACAAAAGCAAAUGGAGAUGCCAAAAGAGAAGACGUUGGAACAGGGUGCUGCCACAUCUGUCGCUGCUGCGCUAGAUCCCCGACUUGACGAUUUCUCAGGUGCAUUCCUGGAUGACUGUCAGGUCGCGAAGGCCCUGGAGUAUGCUUCCAGCGAAGACAACGCGGAGCGUCUGUGGGCUCUAAGCGAGGAGAUUGUAGGAGAAAAAUUCUCUUAUUGACGGUCUAGUUAGCCUUUUCCAACGAAUCAUUGGUGCUAAGCCAACGUAAGCUGCUAGGUGCACAUAGUCUAGCCUAGUUCACCUUGGAAGAAAGAGAGGCAAAUGUAACUUUCGUUCACC